AUGUUCUGCCACCCGCCAUCCCCUCUCCCUCCCACUACGCCGAGGCCUCUCCCUCCCUCCCGCCGUCGCCUCUCCGUUCCUCCCGCCGUCGACUCUCCCUCCCUCCCGCCGUCGCCUCUCCUUCCUCCCCGCCGUCGCCCAUCCCUCCUCCCCGCCGUCGCCUCUCCCUCCUCCCCACCGUCGCCCAUCCCUCCUCCCCACCGUCGCCUCUCCCUCCUCCCCGCCGUCGCCUCUCCCUCCUCCCCGCCGUCGCCCAUCCCUCCUCCCCGCCGUCGCCUCUCCCUCCUCCUCGCCGUCGCCUCUCCCUCCUCCCCGCCGUCGCCCAUCCCUCCUCCCCGCCGUCGCCUCUCCCUCCUCCCCGCCGUCGCCCAUCCCUCCUCCCCGCCGUCGCCUCUCCCUCCGCCUCACGGUCACCUUUCCCUCCCAUCCGCCGUCGCCGCUCCCCCCCAUCCGCCGUCGCCGCUUCCUCCUCCCGCCGUCGCCGCUCCCUCCCAUCGGCCGUCGCCGCUCCCUCCUCCCGCCGUCUCCGCUCCCUCCCAUCCCGCCGUCAACUCUCCCUCGCAUCCCGCCGUCGCCUCUCCCUCCCAUCCCGCCGCCGACUCUGUCGACAGGUCACGAGCAAGCUGGUGCGCGAGUGGGAGCCGGUGCGCGAGCGCGGGUUUGACUCUGCACCGUGAAUUGCAGGGCGUGUUGCAUUCUCUGUUUUUACUUUGUGCAGGGCUCGUAAGCUGCAUUCUUUGA